GCAAUGACGACCCGUUUUGCUAGACUGGUUACACUAUACAUCCUCUCGCAUAGCUAGACGAUAACGAUUCUACUUAUCAUUUUCCAAAUAUUUGUCACCGCGCGCAGAUAUUUGGAACUUUUAUGUUCGCGAACAAAACAUGUACAAAACCGCAGUGAAGUACAUUGGCGGUCAUCAGAAAGAUACCGUGGGUUGUUGCGGAGGUUCAGGGUUUCUGGGGGAGAUUUGGUGAGCUACUUCCAGGAUCAAGACGAAAAGUGCAUUUUUGUAGUUUGGGUGUAAAGAACUGGUAGUUACACAAUACAUAACAAAAUGCAGGUACUUCAUGUAGCCAUCAUUGUGGUCCUGCUGUCGCUCGUGGAUAAAUCAAUUGGCAUCCGUUACGAGGAAUCGGGUGGCCGGCAUCAGGGGGAUCUCGUAUUGACGGAUAUUCAGUUGGAUGCGGCCUCAUCUGGUGGCGUACAACUCGUUCAUGAUGCAUACAAGUGGGUCAAGGGCAUUGUGCCAUACGAAAUAUCUCCUGCAUUCACAAGUUCCGAACAAGAACAGAUUCUCUCGGCAAUGGCGCAGAUCUCAGCUCGUAGCUGUGUUCGCUUUGUGGAGAGCACCAUUAGGAAAUAUCCCCAGUAUCUAAAUAUUACUGCCGAGCCAAGCGGUUGUUGGGCUACGCUGGGUAUGAAUUUCCUGUCGAACCAAAUGAACCUGAAGCAGAAUGGCUGUAUGAGCCAGGGUGUAAUCAUCCAUCAGUUGCUGCACGUGCUUGGUUUUACGCAUCCUCAGAGCCGCCCCGAUAGGGACUUUUACAUCCGCAUUCAGGAGGACGCGAUAGAGUCGUUUGAGCGACAGAACCUCGACAGGUAUAAGGAGGGAACGAUCGACGAUUUCGGUAUACCGUACGAUUACGAGAGCAUUCUGCACUGUCCAUCGGAUGCGUUUGCGGCUUCAGACCAAGCGACUGUUAUUCCACUGGAUGACGUUGAAAUCGGCCAGCGAAAGGAGAUGAGCUACAAGGAUGUGCGCAAGCUCAACAAGAUGUACGAUCCCGACUUCUGCGGGCUGUGUGUUCGAGGCAACUGCAAUCAACUCUAG